UUGGCUUUCCGUUCCUUUUUCUGGGCAUGCAACUAUGGGUUCUGUAAAUUUGGAAAUGCCACCAAUGGAGUAUGAAACUAGAAUUGGAAAGCAGGAAGUAAAAUUGAAUGCUGUUAAGGGCCAAAUGGGAUCAAAAACUAGAGGCGUUUCCUUGACUUGGAAUGACUUAUGGGUUACUGUCUCCACUAGAAAAAGUGGCAGAAAAGCCAUACUUCAAGGUCUCACUGGUUAUGCUCGUCCUAGUGAGCUCUUGGCCGUCAUGGGUCCUUCUGGCUGUGGCAAAUCUACAUUACUCGACGCAUUAGCUGGGCGACUGGACUUCAGCACGAGGCAGAGCGGGGAUAUUCUGAUCAAUGGUCACAAACAGAAACUUUCUUAUGGAACAUGUGCAUACCUGACUCAAGAUGAAACUCUGCUGGCAACACUAACUGUUAAAGAAGCUGUUUACUACUCUGCACAACUCCAACUGCCAAAUUCUAUGAAAAAAUCAGAGAAAAUUCAAAUAGCGGAGCAGACUAUAAAGGAGAUGGGGCUACAAGAUGCAAUGAACACAAGAAUUGGAGGAUGGGGCACUAAAGGAAUUAGCGGAGGAGAAAAGAGGAGACUUAGUAUUUGCAUGGAGAUUCUAACGCGACCAAAACUUCUCUUCCUCGAUGAACCAACCAGUGGCCUCGAUAGUGCUGCAUCUUAUUAUGUGAUGAGCGGAAUUUCACGCCAAAAAGAGGGAAGAACCAUUAUUGCGUCUAUUCAUCAGCCCAGUGCAGAAGUUUUCAACCUCUUCCACAGUUUAUGUCUUUUGUCUUCCGGAAAAAUAGUAUAUUUUGGACCUGCUAGUGCAGCAAUUCAGUUUUUUGCGAGAAAUGGUUUCCCUUGCCCACAUCUUCAGAAUCCAUCAGAUCAUUUUCUUAAAACAGUAAACAAGGACUUUGAUGAGGAUAUUGAACAAGGCUUAGAUGGAAGAAAACCUAAUACAGAAGAAGUGAUAGACCUUCUCGUAAAUUCAUUUAAAUUAUCCAAGGAAUAUCAUGAAGUUCAGAACCAGGUUGCAGAAAUUUGUCAACAGGGUGGUGAAAUAUUGGAAAAAAGAAGUCAUGCCAACUUCACCACGCAAAGCCUUGUUUUGACAAGGAGGUCAAGUGUGAACAUGUUUCGUGAUCUUGGCUACUAUUGGAUGAGAUUCGCCACUUAUGUCGGCAUUGCUUUAGGUCUUGGUUCCAUCUACUAUGAUCUUGGCUCAAACUAUCAUUCAAUCGAGGAAAGAGGUCUAAUGGUUGCUUUCGUUGUUUCAUUUAUGACAUUUAUGACAGUUGGCGGAUUUCCUUCAUUUGUAGAGGACAUGAAGGUAUUUCAACGGGAAAACUUGAACGGGCACUAUGGAUGUUGUACUUUUGUCAUAGGCAACACACUUUCUUCUAUACCAUACGUGCUACUAAUAUCAUUUGUUCCAGGUGCCAUUGCCUAUUUGCUUUCUGGAUUUCAGAAUGGAUCUGGGCAUUUCAUCUACUUUGCCUUGGUCCUCUUUACCAGUAUGAUGAUAGUCGAGAGUCUAAUGAUGAACGUUGCAGCUAUCGUGCCUAAUUUCCUCAUGGGCAUUGUAAUAGGUGCAGGAAUACAAGGACUACAGAUAUUAAGUGGGGGUUAUUUUCAAUUACCUAGUGAGUUGCCUAAUCCUAUUUGGAAGUACCCACUGUACUACAUGUCCUUCCACAAGUAUGCUUAUCAAGGUAUGUUUAAGAAUGAAUUUGAAGGGCUAAAGUUUACAGAUGAUCAAUUCGGAAACAAUCGGACAAUGAGUGGAGAAGACAUCUUGAGAGAAAGAUGGCAAGUAGAAAUGGCAUACUCAAAGUGGGUAGAUCUUGCCAUUCUAGUAGGUACAUUAAUUUUGUACCGUCUGGUGUUCCUCCUUAUUAUCAAGACAAAUGAAAAGGUUGUGCAUGCAAGAAAAGCAUCCACAUCAGUUCUAUCAAACCGAAGUAGUCAAAUCAUGGCCAAGUCCUUACCUACCUCGCCUCUCCAUGGGCUCACUUCAUUUGAUGACAGUCCCACCAACAAUGGAUGAGUUAGUAGUCUGUUACUCACGAUUUAACACUAUGUGUGGGUUGUUAUUUCACAUUGUUUCAUAAUGUAUUUUUGUAGUGUAUUAUGUUUUACAGUAUUGUUUUGUGAAUACAAUGUUUAAAUAAAAUGUAUUGUUUGAUGUGGUUCAA